UUCCUAGCCGCUCCGGCAGACCGUCGUUGUUUUCGAUGCUUCACGCACAUUGACUGUGGAUCGCGAAAAUAAUAUAUUCGUGAUUUAUUUAAUUUUUUUUCAUUUUGUUACAAUAUAAUAUAUACAUUUAUUUUGUAUACAUUACAUCACGCAUUUAUAUUUACGUUGAACGUUUUAUUUAUCCCGUUCAUAGAAAAAAUAUAUUUUUAUACCGUUGGAAUAAAACAUCGAACCUUCCCGUUCGGUCAACCAUUAAUACGAUUCAGUGUUUUUUGGGUAGUGAUUUACGCGGUAUUGCAGAUUCAUCAGACGAAGUCGACACUGUCUUAUUAUAAAUUGUCAAAAUAGUUUGACAAAGAAGCUGUGUCACAAAUCGAACACUGUUUAUCAACAGAAAAACAUUGUAUAGUGUUUUACUUUUUAAUUAUUAAGUUGUAUACACGCACAAACUAGUUGUUUUUCAUUUCGGUAACUAAUUAAUUAAUUAUCAAAAUAUGGGAGCCAGACAAAGCAAAAGAUCUGUAGACAUAUCUGCCGGAGCUACAAAAGCAGAAAAAGUAGCAGCUGGAGAACCUUUAGAAAAUGGCACAAUUACAGCUGCUUCAGCUGACGAAAAACAAGUUGUUGAGGCAAAUGGUGGAGUAGAAGAAACGACCAAACAGAAUGGAACAACACCCCAUAUAGAUGAAAAGGAAACUGCUGAAACUGAAGAUGUCAAAGAACCUGUUAAAACCGAAGAAGAAAAAUCUGAAGUUGUAGCACCGAUUUCUGAAGCUAAUGGUGAUGUAGACGCUGUUGCAGAUGAAUCAUCUAAGACUCCGACUGACGAAACCACUACAGGAGAGGUACAAGCAUCUGCAGAAAAAAAACGUAAGAAGAAAAAAUCCUGGUCCUUCAGAAAUAUCAGUUUCAAUAAGAAAGAUAAAUCUAAACCGGUAGUAAAGGAACAAGCUGCUGUUGACGUAAAAACCGAAACAGUUGAAGAGGUGGCCGAAGAAGAAACUGUAAAAGAAGUGACUAAAACAGAAACUGAAUCUGCUGUUGAAGUUCCAAAAGUCACUGAAGAACCUUCUGCUGUUGUUGAAGAGAAAGAACCUGAAGCUGUUGAAUUAAAUAUCACAAAUGUGGCUGAAAUUCCGCCUCCAUUACCAAGUAGUCCUCCCCCAGUAGAAGCAACCCCUGUUGCACCAACACCCACUAUUGUUGAAACUCCUGCUCCAGUCCAACCAGUGGAACCUGAGGUUGUACAAGCUGAACCUGAGGAUGAAGCAGUUGGUGGUGGAGAAGGUUUGGCUGAACCUCCUGAAGGUUUAAACACUUCUGAUAUUGAAAAAGAAGUAGCUGAGGUACCUUUGGUUAAUGGUAACCACGUUGAAAGUGAACAAUCUGAGCCUUCCUCGCCUGAUUUAAAUUCAUUAUCUGAAAAAAUCGAAGCAAUCAAGUUAUCCAACACAGCUGAUAUUAUUGAGGCAACAAAUGAAAUUUCAAAUGACUUGCAUGAAGUAAAUGGAGUAUGUGAUGCAAUAGCAGUUACAACAAAUGGUGAUGCUGGACAUGAAGAAGGCAAUUAAAAGAUGCUCUGCGUUUUUUUUUUAUUAUUAUUAUUCACUAAACGUUGACGUCAGUUAUCGAAAACUACACUAAUGUUAUUACCUACUAUUUUAUGUGAAAAAAAAAUGUUUUAUUUCAUAAUAAAUUCCUCUUUAAUUUUUUUUUUAAAUCCUAUAACUAAAAAGACAUUCCCAUUUUGAUGAUCAUAAACAAAUUUAUGCAUUGCUCUUUCAAAUUAUUUUUAUACUUGAUUUUUGUAAAUUGAAACAAAACAAAUCUCUGCGACAUAAUACUUUUUUGUACAAUUUUUUUUUUUUAAUCGGCUGUUUAUAAAUAUAAAUAUUUUUUUUAUUAUUAUUUAUUAUUAUAUUAGAUUUUAUACUUAAAAAAUAACUAAGUAUAAUAACAUUAGAUUGACAUUUUAAAAGUUAAGUCAUAAUAUGAUUUAAAUACAAUAUCUUUCUUUUUUACACAUAUUUGCUCUUUUGAUAAUGAAACGUAACGCUCAAAUUUUUUAUAACCAAAAUACAUUCCCGGACCAAGCUUAAUUUUUAAAUAGUUAUUUUUUUUAUUAACUUAUAUGCCUGUAUUUAUUUAUAUAUGUAAUAUAAAUAUAUACAAACAAAAAAAAUGACUCAACUUGAUCAAAUAUUAAUUUCUGUAAGUUUAUUUAUAUUAUAUAUAUCAUUUUUUAGCAAUUAAUUGUAUUUAUUUUAAUUUAAAAAUAUUUAUAAAACGUUAAAAAAAAUUCUGUUAUUUUUAUUUUCACCCCAAAUUAAAGAUUUAGUAUUAAUUUAAAAAAGAAAAAUUGUUGUGAGUUUUAGUUAUAAUAUUAUGAUAUUUUUGGUAUGAGGCAUAAAUGCCCAAUCAUUAUGUGAAACGAAUUAUCGCAUACACGGUACAUUCCAUCUCACAUUACAUCUUCCAAAGGCGAUUCACACUGUAUAUUAUUUUUGUCUUAUUAUUUUAACAAAUUUUACAUUUUAAGUGUAUAGUUACUUCCAUAAAAUUUAGUAAGUGUAAUUUUUUUAAAUGAAAAAUUUUUUAAGUUUAAAACCGUUUGUACUUUUAUAAAAUUUACAAAUUUAGAAGUAGAUAACCAUGGCUUUGUCAUGACCAAUGAUUUGGUGCAAAUAUAUACUAUUUUUUUUUAAUAAUUAUCAAAUUAAUCAUAAUAUACAUUUUGAUAACUGGUGAGAAUUUAGCGUUGUUGUUUUAAGCUCAAGCCUUUUCACUGGUGUAAAGAGAAUAAUAAUAAAUAAUUAUAUUGUAAAAUAUGUUGCUUUUUAGAUUGUUCUUUUAUAUUAAAUUUAAUUUUUAGCUUCAACAUUUUGUUUGGUUCAUAUAUUAUAAUUUUUUUUUUUAACGGUUUUUUUUCAAUAAUUAUACAAUUUUUAUUCAAAUAUGUUAACUAUAUGAUAGUUAUUACUUAUUAUAGUUAUUAUAGGCAUUGUAUGACAUAAUGUGUACAAUAAUUUAUCAUUAUUGAAUGAUCAAUUAUUUUUAUGGAUAAGUUGUAUGCUAAUGCAAGCCAUCUUCAUUGUAGAUUUAGUAUAUUAUUUUCUCUACUAGCCUAUGUAUAUGAACAUUUUUUUCUUUCAUGAUAAAAUACUUAAUUAAAAAAGAAUAAAAAAAAAAAAUUUUAA